GAAUCGGUGUACUACUCUAGCCCUUGCAUCUCUACGGUUGACCACCUCGCACUUCGGCCUCUGAAUCUGAAGUUUCCCACUGUUCUUUGGGACCGGAAGUGCAUUGCGGCUCUUCUCGCGUCCCCUUUGGAAGCCCUCCCUGAUUGGCCACCCGUCAGAAAGAUGGCAGCUGGGAAUGAAAAGCGUGCCGGACGCAGCCCACACGCAACAUGGCGCCCGAGGAGCAGGGGCGCCCUCAAGCAAAAUGGCGGCCAGCGAGAAGCGGCGCCCGCCGGCGGCGGCAAGCGACGCGAACCGGCCGGUUGCCACGGCAACGGGCAAUGACUUCCCCGAGGGCGCUGCCGAGUUCCUUCUGCAGGCCGGCGUGACCGACCUGGUCCGCUCCGCCCUCCUGAAGGUGCUGGAGGCCCGGCCGGAGGAGCCGGUGGAUUUCCUGGCCGCCUACUUUGAGAAGCUGACGCCCCGGAGCCCGCAGGCGGAGGAGGAGGAGGCCUCGGGCCCGGCGGAGACCGGCCAGCCCCACCUCCAGCUCCGCCUCGACCGUGCCUGGUGGGCCCUGAGCCUGGCCCACCAUUCCCACAGGACGGCCUUUAACAACAACGUCAGCAUGGCGUACGACUCUCUGAGCGCUGCCGGGCGGCGCAAGAAGGCAGGCGUCAACGGGAAGGUCUACAGUGACCUGCUGCGGCUGAUGUGCCGGGAGCGCGCUGCGCCGGAUGAUCUUGUGCAGCCCCUGCUGCGGAAGAUCACCUGCCGGGACCAUGAGGCCGUGCCCUUCGACAUCUUCCGCUAUGGGGUCCUCUGCUGCCUGGUUCUCCUGGAGUUCUUGGCCAAGGCAGGUGCCCUCUACAAUGCACUCGGCGGCGGGUCUGCUGCCGCGGAUAAGAGGGCAUGCGUGGCCGUGCUGGGCACCCUGGAGGAGGCUCUGCGCGACACCGGCGUCUCGGCUCCCAUCCGUUACUUGGAGGCCGGAUCCAAGCUGGGGCCGGACAGUUUGGCGUCAACUAUGGACCGAGCCUUGAGCGAGAGGAAGCCCAGCGUGGCCAUGAAGAAGGAUGAGUUUCUCAAGAGGGCUUCAGCCGUCUUCAUUGCCAAAGUGAAACCCAUUGACUGAGCACAGACUGGGGACUUUCCACGUUCUUUUCCUCCCAAUUCACCACGAGAGUUACCUGUGAUAAGCCAAGGGCAGGAAGGGGAAGCCGGCCAGCCUUGCGUUUCCAGGGAUGUCUGUUUUAAGGGCGUGAAAUCCGAAGGGGCAGGAAUGCAUCCUCUUGGCUUUUUCUGUCUGGUUGAGCUGCUUCCAUAGAGGUGAGCUCAACUGGUUGAAGCUGCCUGGACUGCAUCUUGCGGGGUCGAUUUUCACCGGAAAUGUUGGGUGGGUUUGAAAGAUGAUGGAAGUAUUUAAAUUUGCUUAUUUAUACCUCACAUUGCCUGGUGUUUGCUUUUAAAAACAUCAACGGGACGUUUGCCUUUCUCUGGAAAGCACAUUUAACCCUUAUCCGAGAAGAAACAUGUAGAAAGAAGGACGUUUUUCUUCCCUAGGUUGGUCGUUUUC